CAUGAAAAUCCUCUCCUGGUCCUCACUUGGCGCAGGAGAAGUAGUAGCGCAAAUGCAUAUACGAUCUGGUUGCAGGGGUCGCCUCUCUUUGUGUUACAGGGCUUCGCGUGGAUGAGGUGGGGUGAAGCUGGACACACGAAGCAAAAGUGGUUCUGAUCUCUGCAGCAUCUCUUCAGCAGAAGAGAUCAACAUAGAAGGGUUGCUGGUAGGAAGAGUGCUCAGUCUCAUGUCAGUGCCUGCCACGGAAGGACAGCGUCGUCGUCGUCGUCCACCAAUUGUACCGUCUUCUUGCUCCUCUUUGGCAUCAUCGUCUCCUUUUGAUUCAACGACGUCAAGUGGUUUGUUCGCUCGUGGUGCUGAGUUCGUUCGUAUUCUUGGUUUUGCUAUAAUAAUUUAAUGGAUCUCCUCCUUGGUGCGGGUCACUAAAUGGAGAACCCCUCUCGAGAUCUCAAGCACUCCUCCGCCUCCUCCCACUCUUAAUUUCUGAAAAAUAGUGAUAAAAAUAAUGCGACUCGUGUGCCGAAGUGGCGGUGGUGGUGGUCACUGAAGGCCCAAUGUCCAGUGGAACGGCCGUGUUGGUCGUGUCUGGAGGAAAGCUGUUUCCCUCAGGAAGAGAGGGGAAGCGUCGAGGGGGGCCGACCGGUGGGGGUGGUGGUGACCCAGGCUCCGUGCUUUACCAGUGCCUCUCCCGUGGUGGGGAUGAGGACGAUGGGGUCGCGCUAGGACGAUGGACGGUCGGUGUGGGUCGACAAAACCAAAGUUACAACGGGAACGUCAAGUACCAUCACCAGCCGCAGCAGCCCGCCGCACCCACGGAGGACGAGUGCUGGUCGUGGUGGGGUGGUGGGGGUGGCGGGAUCCCGGCCAACCCGCACCACCACCCCGAAAACUGUAGCAGCAGCAGCAGCAACUGUAAAGUGCUGACGGUGGUGGGGAGCAGUGAAAGUGGGGGCGGUGGGAGUCAUGCAGGUGGUGGUGAAAGUGGUUCACUGUGCCCCAUGCGGAGUGGGAGUGAAGGGUCGACGGAUUUCGUGGUUCUCGUGUCGCGUGAGUGUCGCGGAGGGAGGGAGACGCUGGAUGACUCCCCGCCCAAUCGAAGUAUUAUUUCGCAAGGGGGAGGAAACAAUAUGUCCACGGAGAUUUCGUACUUUCAGGAUAUGUGGCAAGACAUCGAAUCCGUCCUGCUCGGCGAGGCCUCUUCCGACACGUCCGGCUGCGGUCCCAGUGACCACGACCCCUCCUCCCCCACUGGCUCCUCCUCCUCUCACUCCUCCCACUCGACAGGCUCCUCCUCCUCCAUCGCCCCCGCCGCCGAGUCGCCCUCCCUCCUCAUGCUGACACCCAUCAUCGUCUCCACCCCGUCCCCAGUCUCCCCUCCACCCCCACUGCCCCCACCCCAUCGAAACCGUGUCAUCGUCCAAGACUGCUUCUCCCCACAACCGCCUCCCCCACAAUUCGUCCCCACCACGCCCGAGGACUACAUCGACCUCGACCUCCUCAUCGACCGCGCGGCCGAAGACUUGACCUACUUUCCCAACAGUAAUAGUCACUCGUCGUCCUCGUCGUCAUCGUCCCCUCCGAACAACACUCCGACUAGUAGUCACUUUCUCGUCACGUCGUCGUCCUCGUCCCUCUCUCAACCCGCGUCUCCACAGCCGGCGGACAGCGGUGGUGGCGGCGGUGGUGGUCGUCACGGGGGUGACUACGACACUGCAACGAUGACUGUGAUGACCUAUUCUUCCUCCUCCCUCUCAAAUGGACAAAUCUCUCCUCCCGCGAGUCCCGAGGAUGUCAAAGUCUUCGGUUCCCCGACGACGACGGAUAAUAAGACGCCGCUCCCAAGCAUAGCGCACCUCCGGAAGGGGGCGGGCACUUGUGGGGGCGACUUCCAACUUAAAGUUAUGACGCCACCGUCGUCCCCCAACUUGAUGGAAUUGUUCACCUCGACGUCUGCAAAAUCUAUCACGGUCCGACUGCCACCUCCACAACCGCUGAGCAGCGAAGAGUCGUCGACAUCCUCCUCCCAGCAUCCAGCCCUAGUCUCAAUAAUCUCCACCUCCACGACCUCGACUUGCCUCCCGAGUAAGGGUGGUGGCCCUAAAUCUAAAUCCUCCUCCACCGCCGUGGGAGGAGGGGACGUGAAGGGGGGCAAAAGGCAACGGCGCGGUUGGGGGAGGAAGAAAAUGACCACGCACAUCUGUUCACAUCCCGGCUGUAGCAAAACUUAUACGAAAUCGUCCCACUUAAAGGCUCAUCUGCGCACCCACACGGGCGAAAAACCAUACCAGUGCAGUUGGAAAGGUUGUGGCUGGAAAUUCGCGAGGUCGGACGAGCUCACGCGCCACUACCGGAAACACACGGGCGACAGACCGUUUCCUUGCACCAUUUGUGACCGCGCAUUUUCCCGAUCGGAUCACUUAUCGUUGCACAAGAAGAGACACAUCAGCGUCUAAAAGUGGUUAACUACUCCUGGUCAAAAAAUCAUCGUCUGCUCGUGUUCAGAGUAUGCAAACAAGUAAAGGAAAAAAUUGAACUUUUAUCUUAUCAGCUACUCAUAAUACAUAAACUACUACAUGAUGACUAACUACAUAAAAAUACGGCAGAAACAUGCAUACAAUUUUUGGUGUCAUAAUUGCAAAGUAUAAUUCGUCCCGGACGAAAGUAUUUGUUUUUGUACCUUUUGAAUGAAACGAAACCUUCUUCGGAAAGGGAGAAAUGAGAAGGAAAUUUUAUUCAGCAUUUCAAAACCUGCGACUGUUUCCAGAUAUUAGUCAGUUUUUUUAUAUAAUAAUACUUAUUAUGAAUAAUCAAUCAAGCAGAGUAUAAAUUUAUAGGGUAUCUAAAUAUUUACAUAAAUAUGAAACUCAGAAAAUUAAUUUUCCACAAUAUUUUUAUUUUUAUUUUACCAGACUUCUUAAUUUCACUGAUUUUUUCGUACAUAUUUACUAUUUUGGUUUGGUAUUUGGCAUCUCCUCAAAUAAUAAGUUAACGAGAUUCGAUAAGCACUUAUAUUUUGUUUAACUGGAAGACUUUACACAGCAUUUUUUUUCGUAUCACAGUUUUUUUAUGAGACAGUUCAACCCCGAUUUUUGUAAGUUUGCGAAAAUCUUACACAGUUUAGAAUUGUUGACCUCCUGCUGAAAUGUCUGGAUUGAGAUUGAUUGAUUGUGAGCUUUUUUUUCCUUCUUCAGCUUUGUAAUUAAUAAAAUGCCAUACGAAGACGUUACGGCAAGUAAAAGUAGAUAACCACAUGAGAUAAGCCCAAAAAGUAGUACUUCAUACUUGUGCAAGAUCCCAAAUUACCCAAGAUAUUAUUACAAAUAGAAUGUCGUCAUACGUAAAUAUUAAAAAAUAGACAACCUGUGCAACUAGUACAUUCUUACGUGGUGAGAUGAUGAUAGGUAGUUAUCUUACUCAUAAAAAUAUAUAUAAGAUCUUAUCAUUCCGCAUUUACCAAACCAACCAUAUAUUUACAUAUAGUACUUAAUACAUAUUUUGUAUCUUCAUCAUUAAAUCAGUAUCGUAUUAAUAAUUAAUUAAUUAAUUAAUUCAAUAAUUAAUUAAUUAAUCCCGUAAUUAUAAAUAAUUUUACAAAAUCUGCCACGAUUUGCGUAUUUACAUAGAUAAAUAUAAAUCUCUACUUAUCCAUAUUUCCAACCUGUUGUGUUUCUUCACCCAGUUUUUAUUUACGUUUUUAAUUUUUGUAAACAACCACAAUUUAUAUCUUGCAUUUUAUCUGUGUCUGUUUUUUUAAUUCGAUUAUCAUCCCUUCGACUCGGGCAAGUUUGAGGGUGACGAUGAUAACCACAUGGCGAUGAUAAGUGUAAGCUUGUAGUAAAUAAAUAUGUUUACGUGUAUUUCGUCCGAGUAGCGAGUGAGGAAAAAAGAAAGCAUUAUAAAACUUUGUGUGGGUCGGUCGGUAAUAAAAACGCUUAAAUAAUAAUCAA